AUGCUCAGUCACCAAUAUGAUUUUAACGUUAAUGAUGCUGGUGAUAUUUACGUUAACUCUCUGGAAAAUAAAAGUAAUCUUAUACUAGCUGAAUCGGACCCGAAUUUGGUUGUUGCGAAGUACGGUGCUGUAGCAUCCGAAAUUGUAAAUUGUUCACAAUAUGUUUUGAAAGAAGGUGGAAAUGCCAUCGACGCGGCGAUAACUAGUAUUAUAUGUGUUGGCGCCAUUAAUACAUUUUCUUCUGGAAUUGGAGGUGGUGGAUUCAUGGUAAUUAGGUUACCAAACGGAUACUCAGAAGUAAUCGACUUUCGGGAAACUGCUCCACUUGCUUCUAAGAAGGAUAUGUUUGUUGAUAAAGAGAUUUUUGCUGCUGCUGGUGGGUUGA